AUGCAUCCUGCCUCUUUCACCAAAAUUUUCCUUACGUUUUACAUUCUGAUAGCUUCUUCCCAAGUUCUCACACAAGAAGAAGCCUCGUCCGGAUCCCCACCACAAGCUCCUCCCACCACUGUUACCUCAGGCGCACCCGUCAAAUCCGAUGCACCAUCUCCUGCGUCCAACGGCACAUCCACUGCUUUUAACGGGACUUCUAAAGCUGUAGACGCCGCAAAAAAGUCAAAAACAGUUAACUCGAUACUAAAUAUAGUUUCAGAAGGGUCAGUCUCAUCAACUUACAUCCGAUUCCUACGCAGGCUUAGAAACACUGAUACUGAUACAAUCUUUUAUCUCGAAUACAAAAGUGUCAGUGAAGGUUUAGCAGUAACUGCAAAUGUGUUUAAAAAGUUUGCAAAUAUGACCGCUGCAAACGCUGCAAAUUCUCGACGUUCAAUAAGUUUUGAUAAAGAAGAUUGA